AACAAAGUAAAAUAAUAACGCACAGCCUAGCACUAAAAACAAAACAAUCGCUUAUAAUGCCUGGUUGGAAGAACCUCGACCUAAUUCACCAAUCGAUAGUGAAAUGGAAGACAAUCCAGCAAACAAUAUUCGGCCAUAUCAGUUUGUGCCUGAAUGGCCGGCUGAUGAACACGAAGAAGCUCACCAGUUUGAGGACAGCGAAGAACAGGAAUUUUUGUAUAUUGAGGAUGAACCUCUGCGCGACAAUCUUGAAUGGUGUCAAUGUGGUAACUGCCAAAUAAUGGACAAUAACGAGGAAUGUUUAUGCUGCAAAGAGAUUUCCAAUAUUUGUGGCAAAAAUGUAGAGGCAGUAGAAACGAAUGAGACCACCGAAGUCCCUUUGUGUAUUACACAACAUCCUGGUUUUGAGCCUAUUUUUCUUAACAGGUGGGUUUUACAAACAGCUUGGUACCAGUACAAGCAGCAAUAUGAUGGGCCCGAAGACAAACUGUACCGCCAUAUUGCAUAUAGACAUUUGACAAGAUGGUGCUGGGGUAUCUUGGGUAGAGAAGUAAGAGUCGUCUUGCCAUCAUGUGCAGUGACUGGCAUUAGAGAAUUAUUUCCUCCACCUGGCCCUGCAGAGGAAUUUCAAUUUGAAGGCUUCCACAAUGCUGGUUUUGCUAUGUUAAUAUUUAAGAAUGAAUGUACAAAAGUUGUCUUCACUGAUUCAACAUCAUAUUAUAUGGGCAUGGCAAAACCUAUUGCCAUAGCUAACUUCACCACUGACUGAUGUUCCUUUACAAGUACUUCUAUCCUGGGUGGACAUGAUUUAGAAAUGUUCUUUGGAAGAUUCUCGCCAUGAUGUACAAGUUCAAUCUCCUCAGUUUUGCAUGCAUUCACAACCUCGGCAAGUAGUAUAUCAACGUACUGGUAUUCUUUCUUUUCUUUCAUUGCAUUUACAACCCAUUGCUUCUUUGUUUUAGCAAAAAUCAUUUUGUAACGGUCUUGCCCUUUGUUUGUCCCUGACUUAAUGACUGCUUUAUCACGGUUAACAUUGUUGUUGGGAUCUAAUCCUGCUAACUGAGUGCGGGCUACCAUCCCAGGAAAUGAAAAAUGCUCUCGCUUUGGGCAGUAUUUCAGUAAAAGGGAAUGGUAAACCUCCAACUCUCGUGUGUGACAAAACUCAGAUAGCUUCCACAGGUCUUUUAGAAGCCUCUUCUCACAAAUCACCUUCUCUGCAGCAAUAUAUGCUUGUUAAGUAGGAGAUAACCACUUCUUCUGCUUGUUUGUCUUUCUGUUAAUUGUUGGUAGCCACAUUGAUGAAAAUAUGUGUUCCCUCUCCAGAAAUGCUUGUUGUUGGUCAAGGAUAGACUUCCAUUUUUCCACCAAUUCUUCUGCAUUCUUGUUACAACUUGCAGAGCACCACAAAGAUGAUUAGAAAUGGACUUAAUCCAAUGGGUCAAGUCAUCCUUUCCCUUAAUGUUAGACUUCGUUGUUAGUUUUUUUGUGACAGACUUAGAAAAAUGCCACACAUCAUAUUGGUGAUCAAUAUGGGGGUGUUUGUUUUUCAUAGCACUGAUAGUUUUUGCCCCAAAUGUGACUUAAAAAAGGGAAAUUAUGUACAAAUAAUUAGGAAACUAUAAGUUCAUACUUUAAGUCAAGAAAACUACACCUAAAUUUUAUGCACGAAAGGCUAAUUUUACAAUGGUCUUAUGUAGGAUUAUUUUCUAACCAUAAUGAAUCUAGAUUACACAACCAUGUUUUAUUAUUAUUCAAUGUUAUUCAUGGCAAUAGACCGGUUUCACAUCAUUAGAAACUGUUGUUAAGGUUGAAUUCGGAGGACAAGCAAACGAAGCAAACGGCAUUACAGCACAGUUUCCACACAAAUAAACCUUCGUAUUUUUUAAGAAAUAAUAUUAAUCGAUAUUUAAAUUCUCUAUGUAUUGCGGAAACUGUGCGAAAAAUGGCCUUUAUGGAUGUGAAACCGUUCUAUUAAAACAGUAUACAAAUAACCAGCUCAAUACUUGCAUGUAAGCUAUAAAAGUUGCUUGUGUAUAUACCUAUGAAUAAAAAAUUCUGAAGUUUCGAAAA